AUGCAGACUAGUUCUUUAAACAUUUGUGAAAGAAUUGAUUGCUCUCAGGAGCUCAGUAAAUUCAAGCGUGGUACCAUGAUAGUCCAUUUGUGAAAUUUCCUUGCUACUAAAUAUUCCAUGGUCACCUGGGAACAACAUCAACUCAACGAAGUGGUAGGCCACGUAAAAUGACAGAGCGGGGUCAGCAAAUGCUGAAGCGCACAGUGCACAGAAGUCACCAACUGUCUGUAGAGUCAAUAGCUAAAGACCUCCAAACUUCAUGUGGCCUUCAGAUUAGCACAACAGUGCGUAGAGAGAUGAAU